UCGAAAUAAUCUUCUUCUUUUUCACUUUAGCCAAUAUGAGUUUACCCGGCACUAGCAGCUUUAUUGGGGAAUUUCUAAUCUUAGUAGGAGCUUUCCAAAGAAAUGGAAAAGUAAGGAAUUUUCCUUACCAUUACUUCCGUGAAUGUGAGGACUUUGUCACUUUCCUUCAUUUUUUUCUUUAUACAAGUGGUGUUGCACUUUCUGCUGGCGAACUCUUAUUUUUGGAUCUUCCGCCCGUGGACGAAGCUCCACCGAGUAGAGAGAUUUUGGAUCUAGAUUUGAACGCCCCGCUCCCUGACCCGGAGCCGGAGGUAGAGAUUGUCCCCGGGGACGACCAACAUGUCCCACCCAUACAGGAGGACAAUCCCAUCACGUUCCAGUUACAAAAUGAUGAACAGAGGGAGUCAUUGGAGCAAAUGCUGCAUUCCGUCAAAGAAAGAUGUAUAAUGAAAUUAAGAAAUGAGCUGAUCGUAAAUAAGAGAAGUAGAAAAUGGGGAUCAACAAAAUUCUGAAAUAGGCCUUACCCACCGCCCUAUUUCCUUUCCAACUCUCAAAGCUAAACUCUUGAGAUAGCACAGCAAAGAAAGUAUUAGCUUCACUCGUUCUUACUUAUGAAAAGUAUUAGCUUCACCCAGUAUUAUGAAAAGUCUUAAUCAUCCUGGUGCUAUAUGAAAAAGGCCGUGCGUGCUAGAAAAGCCAGAGAAUUCAGCACCGUACUGCCAGGGAGUCCCAUUGAAACGCGGGACAGAAACUCAUAUAUAGUGUAGUUUCUAUGAUUUGGGGUUCGAAUCUACCAUUGGAGAGAAAAUAAGGGGUUAUGUGGAUGGGGUCUCGCUUGGACGCAGGGGAGAUCCAUAGAUCUGGAUAGAGUCUUUCUCGCUCAGUAAAGAAGAGUACGCGCGCUACGGCUUACGCAGUGGAUCUUCGGGCAACCAACCCGGCACAUCCAAUUCCGAUCAACAACUUGGAGGUAUGGCUGAGUGGCAUAAGGCAUUGGUUUGCUAAAUCGACAUACAAGAAGAUUGUAUCAUGGGUUCGAAUCCCAUUUCCUCCGGCACGGAAGUAGAACGGGCGGGCGAAAUUACGUGAGAGAAAGAACCUCAGAUUGAUGGAGUCCGCCGUCGGAUAGAAUAGCACUACUUAGUGACUAGGAGCGGAGCGCCCCUUUCUUGUUCUUGGUGGCAUCUAUAGCGAAGAAGACCUUCCCGAACGAGGGCCGUCCAGUCCCUGCCCGGCUCUCGGUUCUUGAGCAAACUCCUCCACUGGGAUGCUCAUAGAUGAAGAAAAGAGACUUUAGGCAAGUGGUUCUGGUAGCUCAGCUGGUUAGAGCAAAGGACUGCAAAUCCUUUUUUGCUUGUUUCAGUGGGAAGAGCAAGGGGCAUUGCCCUUGAAAUCCUUCAGUGGUUCGAUUCCACCUCAGAACGAAAGAAAAUGCAAGUGAAAGAGAAUUGUAGGACAAGAGCUGAUGGAUGAUAGAACAAAAGAGAUGGAUAGAGGCGAGAGAGAUUGAGUGGAGGGUUCGAAUCGCAAGAUUCCUAUUGGUGCGGAAAUGGGUAGAGGUAAAGCGAAGCACAGAGACCAGACCACCGGAUCCCUCCUUUUCAAUUGACAUAGUUUGACCAGUGAACUCCCUACUGCGUGCAAUAGUUGUUCCGAGGACAAUCAAUGGGUAUAUAAAAGACCAACGAAACGACGAGUGAGAAGGAUAAGGGGGAGUAGUAGGAGGAGCUUUCAUUGAAGUAGAGGUUUCAUCGAGUGAUGACGAGAGAUAGAAUGAGACAAAGCAUAAAGGGGAGAGCGCUUUGCCGAGCAUUUAGUAGUCGUUCGGCUGGGGGGGUUAUCUUUAAAGUAGUGCUUAAAUCACUACAGGAGCGAAAAAAAAGGAUAAGUAGCGAAAUUUCGUCGACUAUUUAUUUUUAUAUGUUAUGUAUUCCAUAUUUGAUCUUCUUUUUGAAGAUUUCCAUUUUAGUUUUUCUAGUCUUUUAUCGGAUAGUCCUCCCCAUAGUACAGAUGUUUUCCCUUCUAACUUGUUGCUCCUUUCUUAUCACUCUUCCCCCAAAAGUUCAAGACCCACAGGCUCUAGCUCAUUUAGAAGGGCUAAACUUCUAUCUGAGCCUUUACGAGCAGGAUCCGGAGUGGGUUGCGUUCAUUCAGCAGGAGCUGAAUCACAACACCCCUCUGGAGGACAUACCUGGGCGGCUGAGGCUCUUCCUAAUGGAAGAAAGGACAUCCAAUGUUAGGAUGGAUCUAAUUCAAGAAUUUCUAGCUCUAUACGCGAGGAACGGAGCCGUACUUCCGGUAGAACCCUACCUUUUGGAGGGGGCGCUUCGUUCCUAUCUUGACUCUAUCCGAGCAACGGAUGAUUUCUCUAUUCUCCAGGCAGCUUAUCAGGAUCUGCGGGAUCAUGAGGAAGGAUCAUUUUUCUUCCGUGAUGUGGUUUCCCACAACCAUGAUUUCCUGGAAGCGCAAAGCGCGAAAAGAACGUGGAUUGAGGUGGAACGGAAUUCGCUAUAUUCAAAGAUAGAACGAGCCCAAGCAAGGCUCGAAAGAACCGAAUUCCAACACACUCUACUGAUCUUCCAAUUAGAAGAUCGAAAGAGGGGGGGGGGAAUAAUAUGCCGUAUACCACUUUUUUUUUCAAAAGCAAGCAUAUGUGACCUAACAGGACUUUUGAAUUAACUCUGCGAUUUUGAAGAUGGAGGAAAUGAAAGCUGAAGAAGUUAUCGAAACUUGGUUUAGUAUCAAGGUUCUUCUCUUCCAGCCCUGAGCCCCUCUCUGAUAAGGCUUGAAAGUUUUCAAAACGAAAAUCAAAUGACAAAUCUGGUCCGAUGGCUCUUCUCCACUAACCACAAGGAUAUCGGUACUCUAUAUUUCAUCUUCGGUGCCAUUGCAGGAGUGAUGGGCACAUGCUUCUCCGUACUGAUUCGUAUGGAAUUAGCCCGACCCGGCGAUCAAAUUCUUGGUGGGAAUCAUCAACUUUAUAAUGUUUUAAUAACAGCUCACGCUUUUUUAAUGAUCUUUUUUAUGGUUA